GGUGCUGGCGGCGCCCGCCAGAGACAAGUGCGCCGGCUUCGCGCGCUCCCCGGCGGCCCUGGGAGACGACGGACUGCGGGACGGACAGACGGACGCACGCACCGCUGAUAGCCCGGCCGAGAGCUGCAGACGAGACGCGCGCGCGUUCCGAAGGGCUAGCAGCCGGGAGCGGCUCCAGCAAACGCGAGGUCCCCGGCGCCCUCUCCAUCCCGGGCGCACGGCCUCACCGCGCUCAGCGGCUACACCCAGGCGGGCCGGGUAUGCAGCGGGGCCCGCACUGAGGGGCGGCGGCAUCUACGCUCCGUGUGCCGCUCGGCCUCUGUCCGGCGCUCCCGGCGGUGCUCCCGGCGUCCGGAGGGCUUCCAGGCGGCAGUGCGGCUCGGGGACUUUUCGUCUCUCCCUGGCCUCUCCCGAACGCGUCUAUGAGCGCAGCGUUCCCGCCGUCGCUGAUGAUGAUGCAGCGCCCGCUGGGGAGUAGUACCGCCUUUAGCAUAGACUCGCUGAUCGGCAGCCCGCCGCAGCCCAGCCCCGGCCAUUUCGUCUACACCGGCUACCCCAUGUUCAUGCCCUACCGGCCGGUGGUGCUGCCGCCGCCUCCGCCGCCGCCUCCCGCGCUGCCCCAGGCGGCGCUUCAGCCGGCGCUGCCACCCGCGCACCCUCACCACCAGAUCCCCAGCCUGCCCACCGGCUUCUGCUCCAGCCUGGCGCAGGGCAUGGCACUCACCUCCACGCUCAUGGCCACGUUGCCCGGUGGCUUCUCUGCGUCGCCCCAGCACCAAGAGGCGGCGGCCGCCCGCAAGUUCGCUCCGCAGCCAGUGCCUGGAGGUGGCAACUUCGACAAAGCCGAGGCGCUCCAAGCCGAUGCGGAGGACGGCAAAGCCUUUCUGGCUAAGGAGGGCUCGCUGCUCGCUUUCUCUGCGGCCGAAGCGGUGCAGGCGUCGCUCGUCGGGGCUGUCCGAGGGCAAGGGAAAGACGAGUCAAAGGUGGAAGAUGACCCGAAGGGCAAGGAGGAGAGCUUCUCUCUGGAGAGCGAUGUGGACUACAGCUCAGAUGACAAUUUGCCCGGCCAGACAGCUCAUAAGGAGGAAGACCCCGGCCACGCACUGGAGGAGACCCCGCAGAGCGGCGGUGCAGCAGGCAGUACCACAUCCACCGGCAAGAACCGGCGGCGGCGGACUGCCUUCACCAGCGAACAGCUGCUGGAGCUGGAGAAAGAAUUCCACUGCAAAAAGUACCUCUCCCUGACCGAGCGCUCCCAGAUCGCCCACGCCCUCAAACUCAGCGAGGUGCAGGUAAAAAUCUGGUUCCAGAACCGCCGGGCCAAGUGGAAACGCGUCAAGGCAGGCAACGCCAAUUCCAAGACCGGGGAGCCCUCCCGGAACCCCAAGAUCGUCGUCCCCAUCCCUGUCCACGUCAGCAGAUUCGCUAUUCGAAGUCAGCACCAGCAGCUGGAGCAGGCCCGACCCUGAGGGCCUAGCCAGGGUGGACACCGUCGUGGAGAGGCCCUAACACCCAAGGGAACCGGUGGCAGACUCCACUGUUCAAAGCAGAACUCAAAGGCACCUCCCAGAUGUGGACAUCCCAAGCAAAUUGAGAAUAUAUUCACUAGAUGGGCUUAAAGGGGGCUACAGCCACACCAGAAGAUACACUAAAUAUUUAUUAUAUGACCCUACUUUGUACAUAGAUAUCUAUAUAGACUGGAUCUCAGCUGCAGUAUUUUGAAAGGGAUAGGACCAAACGUCUCCACUCACACAUUCCAGAUGAAACAAAACCACCACUGUACCCUGUGGCCCUCAGCGACCACCUUCCCAUACUUUCCCAAAGGUAAACCGGAGACACAAGAACUAACGCUGGGGUUUAAACUGAUUUUUUGUUUGUUUGUUUUGGUUUUAUUCUGGCUUUUUGAGUUGAGCGCAGAGCAGACUUUUGGGGCACUCUAGGAAUCUGCUCUGUUCAUUUGCCCUUGCCUGGCUUUCUUUCCUAUCUGAGCCAUGUCGGAAGCACGUCUCCGUUGUGUUUAAUUUAUUUCAAUGUAGCUUAUUUUCAUAUAAGUUAUGACAUUUAAACAAUCUCAGUCUUGUGAAUAAUAAAAAAGCAAG